GCCUCCCACAUCUCCAAGUGGCCACACUUCCGAUGAAUCAACAAGGUGGUAAUGGCAUUCCAUUGAACCUGGCUGGAACUAACUUUCAACCAUCAAAUGAACCCCCUAAUCCUAACUGGCGUGAGGAACUGACUGUCCAAGACAGGGCGCGCUUGGUUGCUCAGUUAGGCAAUGCUUUGCGUAUGCUCUCGCCUCAAACAAGCGAACAGCAAAUCUUGACAGUAGCUCGAUCUUUUGAAAUGCAAAUAUACCGUCGAAGUAAUCACAAGAACGAAUAUUUGCUUGCAUAUAGUAAGAAGUAUGCUCAAAUCAAGCGAUCUAUCUCACAAAAUCAAAACGGGGUGGGUAUGAAUGGCGAUGCACAAGUCAUGAAUGCUAUGGGUGCAACCUCCAUGGGUCCUGGUGCCAUGGGUACUCAAAAUGGCAUGCCUGUCAUGCAACCCAAUCAACAAAACUGGAAUAGUUUAGUGCAAGCUGGUGGUCAACAACCAAAUACUCAGAUGUCAUCUCCACAACAGCAAGUGCAACAGCAAGUGCAACAGCAACAACAACAGGCUGGCCAAUCUAUACCGCCAUCAGCGUCGCCACUUAACCCAAACCUUCCACAGCACAACUUAGCAGCACAAAAUCAAGUUCGCCCAAACAUGAAUCAACAGCAGCAGGCUGCUUUGCUACAAGCUAGGCAACAGCAACAGCAACAAAUCUUGGCUGCACGACAAAGGGCUGCUGCUGCUGCAGCAGCAGGCGGACAACCGCUUCAAGCAAACGCUCAGCAAGCUCAAAACAUGCAACAGGGUGGGAACCAGCAAGCAAACCAGGUGCCAGUUCAACAGCAUCAGCCUCAACAACAAAAUCAAAUUCCUGCAAAUGUUCUCCAAGGACUAAAUCUCGGCAAUAUCAAUGCGGCUUCAUUGUCCUCAUUAACACCGCAGCAGUUCCAAAUGCUGGUAGCCAGACAGGCUAUGCAACAGCAACAGCAGCAGCAACAACAGCCACAACAAUCCCAGCAGCAGCAGCAGCAACAGCAGCAACAGCAACAGCCUCCACAACAACAGCAGCAGCAAGGAAAUAUGGUUGGCCUGAAUAUGAACAAUGCACAGUCAUUUAAUGCCAAUGCAUCCCGGUUGGCUGCAAACCAGCAGCAGCAGCAGCAGCAACAACAACAGCAACAACAACAACAACAACAACAACAACAACAACAACAGCAGCAACAACAACAGCAACAACAGCAGCAACAGCAACAACAGCAGCAACAGCAACAACAACAGCAGCCGCAACAGGUGACUCCUAACAUACGUCCUACGAACAUGCCAAAUCAACAACCCCAAAUGAAUAAUUUUAACAAUUAUGGAUUGAAUGGAAAUGUUCCAACGUCAAUGAUGUCCAUGUCGACACCAAUGAUGGCUCAAAUGCCACAGCAAAAUAUGGCUGCACACCAGCAGCAACAGCAACAACAGCAGCAACAACAACAGCAGCAGCAGCAGUCUCAACAGCGAAUGCAAGCCACAAACGAAAUCAACAAUGCUAAUCAAGUACAGCAAGGACAACAGAUGCCAGCAAGUCAACAGUCUCCUUCUGUAAUGAUUCAAGAUCUGAACAACCAGCCAUUUCAACUUCAACAACCUCCGCAGGGACAAGCAGCAGCUCAACCACAAGGUGGUCAGAAUGCUGCGAAUUCACAGCAGCAAUUGAAUCAAUUAUUUGGUGGUAAUUUGAACAACGGUACACAACCAAUGAGCGGAAAUCGACCAAUUAUUCCACCUGCUCAGCAAAUGCAAGCCGCAAACCUAGUUGCGCAGAUGAACAAGACUAUCCUAGCAAGCAGAUUCCCUGCCACUCCCAUAGAAAAUCUUAGCGAGCAAGAAAAAGCAUCCAUUAGAGAGCAAGUCAACCAACUUCGACCGAUGUGCGAGAAGCUGGAUCAGCUUUUACCAAUUUUUCUUGCCAUGACGGCCAAUGGUGAAGCUACCAAGCGACUUAUUUUGAUGAAACACAUGUUUCAAGAUCAGCUCAAUGUGCUACCACAAAACAAGUUCCUUAUAUCCUUGGACCAUAUGCAGAAGUUGAAGGAUCAUUUUACAAAGUACUUUACUUGGAUCAGAAAUGCUAUGAGCGGUGCCAGUCAACAGCAAGCUGUUGAUGAUGGUACGGGUGCAAAUGUCAAUGCUGCAACAGCAGGUAACUUAACAUCUGCCUCACCAGUGUCACCUCAACAAACUGCACAAAACCAAGGAGCGACGGCGCAAAAUGCUAAUAGAAAUAUGCCCAAUGCUGCAAAGCUUCUUCCAAAUCAAGCAGCGGCCGCUGGAAUGCAACAGCUUCAACAGCAGCAAAUGGCCAGUGCUCAACAGUCCGCGCAACAACAACCACAAAUGCCAAAUGCAGCCGCAGCUGCCGCGAUGCAGUCUGGCCUAGGUUUGAAACAUGGAAACAUUGAUUUAAAACUUCCAGUGUCAAAGCGACAAAAAGGAGCAGAUUCUCCAGCCACGUCUUCACAACCGCAGCCACAACAACAAUCAUCUCCUGCUGCUAAGUCACAGGCUUCGCCAACAGCUGCACCAGGAGUAACAGCUCAAGGUGAACAAUUAGAUACCGCUGCGCAAGGUGACGCAGCCAAUGGCGGACGGCCAGCCAACACACAAGUCAUUAUACAGGCGGCGAUAGCGGCUGGAUAUCCUCCUCAAGUUGUUGUAAAGUUACCACAGAAAGCACUUCAGGCAAAUUGGGUGCUACAAAAAGCUGCCCAAGGGAAAGCGAACAUUAAGCCGCAACAGCAACAACAAAUUCAAGCAAUGUUGAAUGACAUGGUAAAUCAAGUGAAGCAGCAAAUUGCCAACGAGGCUAAUAAUGCUCAGGCCCAAGCAAUGGCUCAAGCACAUGUUUCGGCAGCCGCAAAUCAUCAGAACCCAGCGAAUCGAGCACCUGCAACGCCGCCUAAAGUGAUUGAUUUGGAGAGUACCGCUAAUAGUAUUACGAACCCAAUUACGUUGGAUGCUGUGCCAAUUAGCCAGGUAUCUAAUGCCCCUGUGGUUAUGCAAGACACUCUGAAGCAAGAACCGGACACUGGCAUAUCCGCCAUGCCUUAUUCCAUGCCAGCACAAUUGAAUUCAUCUCAAGUGAUGGCAGAUUCCAAAAUCAUUACUUCAACUGGGACUUCAUUACUUGGCAUGGCCACGGACUCUUUCUCCACCAUCAGACCUGGUAUGACGGCUGACGGACGAGUCGUGAACGCCAACCUGUUCACUGCUGAUAUUAUCAAAGACCUCAUCACCAUUCUGUCACGACCAGAUAAACACCAGAUGGCUUUAAACGAGUUGUCAGAAACCACAGAGAUCUACGAGUCGCUUGAAGAUAGCAAAGGAGGUGUGAUGUUUGCGACCGCCACAAAAGAUGUUGCUACAAAACCAGCUCUUUUUGCCCCAUUCUCUGAAGAUCCUGCAUCACUAACGAGUCAUCAUGAAGCCUUUUCAGAAAGUAUCGCUGGAGAAAGUGAAUCUGACGCUUCUAGUUCUCGAUGGUACUCGCUAGGCAUGGAUCCUCAAAUACCAGACAUGAGUGAAUUCAUGCACGGUUUCGACAUUUUAGAAUGUAGUUAGCCUACAGUAGAUGAACCAAUUGUUUAUACGCUUUCAUUUUUCUGCGGUUCCUAUACCACGGCGUGCUCUUUUCACUUAUCAUGUGUCUAAUAAACUUGCCUCUGAUGCCAUUCUAAUUGAUAGGC